CUUACAGUUUUAGUUAUUUCCACAUCUUCGGUCUCUGUCUCUUCUCCACUAACGUUACUUCUUCUCCCCGUUGAUCAUCCCAACAAAACCAAACCCUAAUUACAUUCCAAGUUUAAGUUUUUUAAAAAAUGGGUUUUAAUUUUCCAAGAAGACAAUGAAACUGUGUCGACUUUGAAUAUAGAUGCGAUGAAGAAACUGAGAAGCUAUUACUCGAAUGCGAGGCAUCAUCAGCAUCACCACUCAGAGAGGAGAUGGAUUCUCUUCCCUAUAGUGAUCGCUUCAAUCUUCGCUUUCUUCUUACUCUUCCUCACGACCCUCACUUCACCAACCGGAGCCCGUUUCCUCCCUUUCACCCGACCCGUUUUGUUAACCGGAUCUGGGUCAUCGGCCUUCGUCGAGUCCAAGAUCAAACCCAGACCCAUCUCCUCCCUCCCCGAUCCGCCGCGAUUCGCUUACUUGAUUUCCGGAUCCGCCGGCGACGGGAAGUCUCUCCGGCGAACCCUUCUGGCUCUUUACCAUCCUAACAACCGCUACGUUGUUCAUCUGGAAAGAGCUUCUUCCCCCGAGGAGAGAGAGGAUCUCCAUGGAUACAUUCGAAACUCGUCCUUGUUCCGAAGGUUUCAGAACGUUCAUAUGAUUGAGAAAGCUAACCUCGUGACGUAUCGUGGGCCGACGAUGGUGGCGAAUACGCUUCACGCCGCGGCGAUUUUGCUCAGGGAGGGAGCUGAGUGGGACUGGUUCAUCAAUCUCAGCUCCUCUGAUUAUCCUCUUAUGACUCAAGAUGAUUUGUUGCAUAUAUUCUCGCAUUUGCCGCGGGAUUUGAACUUCAUUGAUCAUACUAGUAACAUUGGAUGGAAAGCAUCACAGAGAGCAAAACCGGUGAUUAUAGAUCCUGGACUGUAUUUGAACAAAAAGUCUGAUGUUUUUUGGGUUACGCAAAGACGAAGCAUCCCAACAGCAUUCAAGCUCUUCACAGGCUCUGCUUGGAUGGCUUUAUCACGGCCAUUCAUUGACUAUUGCAUUUGGGGUUGGGAUAAUCUACCUCGGACCGUGUUAAUGUACUACUCGAAUUUUCUCUCUUCUCCGGAAGGAUAUUUUCACACAGUUCUCUGCAACGCUGAGGAAUUCAGAAACACAACUGUAAACAGCGACUUGCACUUCAUAACGUGGGACAAUCCGCCUAAGCAGCAUCCACACCAUCUCACUCUUGCAGAUAUGGAUAGAAUGGUCAAUAGCAAUGCCCCCUUUGCUAGAAAAUUCAGAAGAGAAGAUCCUGUUCUUGACAAGAUUGAUGAGGAGCUUCUUAACCGAGGUUUUGGGAUGCCUACACCUGGUGGGUGGUGCAUCGGGAGCCAUGAAAACGGGACUGACCCUUGUGCUGUUAUUGGUGAUACUGAUGUUAUCAGGCCUGGUCCAGGUGCUAGACGGCUGGAGAGUCUUGUUACUUCGAUGUUAUCUACUGAGAAUUUUCGACCAAAACAAUGCAAGUAAAUCACAUUGCAGAACAUCACAGAGAUUGAUCUAGCAGCUUUUUGGGAAUAGAUGUGAUUUAGGAUCUGAUUGUAUCUCUCUUUUACUCAAGAGUAUAAGUGAGGACGCUGAACAAUUUAGACUUUGGCUUUUGGGACAUUGUAUCACAGAUUAAUGUAUUGUUGUUGUCACAUUUUCACAGAUUUCCAUAUUACAGUUUUGAGAUUUUCAUA